UGACAAUCAUAAAUGCCUACCAUGUAUUUUCUAGUCCCAUGUUAUCACUUUCGAGAACACCAUCUAAGCUCGGGGGGUAAAUAGCAAAAAUGUUUUUUAAAUCCGAGUGAUGCUUCGGAACAUCGAUUUCCGAAGAUAACAGUCCUACAUCACAGUCCAUUAAAGGAUAUUAAAAGGAGCAUGCCAGUCACUAAUCUACUUAUUAAAAGGAAUUGAAUGAAACCGCUUUACAAUAAAAUUGUAUCCAACAAAGUUCAUAACAAUAAGCACUUCACUGAUACUACACGUUACAGGUGACAGAACAUAGCCAAGAGAAAAACUGUAUGAUAAGGCUUGCCAACACCGUUACUUACGAUCAGAGGCCAUCAAUACAUUUUUAUAUUUACAUAAUUUAUUAAAGUACAAAAAAUAUUUAGGUUAAACUUGGAUACACACUUUAUGUAUUACAUAAUUUACAAAUGACUAACUUAUCAUUCCUGAUGUAUUUAAAAUUGGGUGUACCCCCCUAAAUUAUUAGAGCAUGUGAGUGGCCUGAAUAAUAUCGUUCCAGAUCUCUAUUAGAAAUUCCUACAACAUUAUUAAUUUUAUUAUUUGUCCAAAAUGAUUCGAUAGUGACUUAUUUUUUAGUAUAUAUUUAAUUAAAAAGCACAGUUCUGAGUAAUAUGACUCAUUAGAGGUAGGUUAUGGUUGAGAGAUACCUUAUAAGGUUAUCAAAGUGAAAUUCAAAAUCCAGGUCAGGUCCUCCAAGUUUUUUACCACUGAUUGCCUUAAUAAUGCAGGAUCCUAAUGAAGAUACUGAAUGGAAUGACAUUUUGCGAAGCAAAGGAAUUCUUCCACCUAAAAAAGAAAAAGAAAUAACUGAAGAUGACAUUGUUAACUUAGUCGAGCAGACUAUAAAAGAGAAACAAAGUAAAGAAGAGAAAAAUUUGGAAGAUUGUUCGUUAGAUGAACUUGAUUUAUUAGAAGAUGAAGAAGAUGAAAGAGUUCUUCUUGAAUAUAAAAACAAACGGCUAGCUGAAAUAAAAGCUUAUAUGCAGAAAGCAAAGUAUGGGCAAGUUUCAGAAAUUUCAGGUCAAGAUUAUGUUAAUGAAGUCAACAAAGCUGGUGAAGGUGUAUGGGUUAUUCUUCAUUUAUACAAAACCGGGAUACCUCUGUGCUCACUUCUAAAUUUACAUUUAUCUGAAUUGGCACACAAAUUUCCAACUGUCAAAUUUCUCAAAAGCAUAUCUACCACUUGUAUCCCUAACUUUCCUGAUAAAAAUCUGCCGACGAUAUUCGUUUAUUAUGAAGGAGAAAUGAAAAAGCAAUUUAUUGGACCUCAAGAAUUUAGGAGAGAAGACAUUACAUGUGAAGAAUUAGAAUGGAUGUUAGGAAAGGCAGGAGCAAUCAAAACUGAAAUUGAUGAAGAUCCGAGACCUAAACCAAAGCCUCGGGAUAUCCUGUUCACUUCCCUCAGAAAUGAAGUUGGUGGAGAUAAUGACUGGUUUUAAUGCGGUCGGCUUCGCUCAAAAUUGAAUAAUAUUUAUAUACGUUUUGAACUUGUGUUUCAGAACUUUUUUUUUUUUUAACUUUUUUUUUUUUGUGUGUGUGAAAACAUUGUUCUAUGUUGGCUUAUUUAGAUUUUAAUACUCUGUAAGAAUCAAAAGCCUAUAUAUAUUUAUUUUUUUAUUACCAUAAAUGCCAAAGUUUUAGUGUAAAUAUGUAUUACAAAAAAUAAGGAAAAACUUACAAAUUUUUUUUAUAAUAAGCAUCUUUUAUGCUAUUUGUUAUCUAUAGGUUUUUUAACCAUAGAGAGAUUCAUAAGGAUCAGCGUUAAAUAUUCUAAAUUAAUCUGAAAUCAUAACUUUUAUGAUAAUGAAUUAUGAUACAAUUUAAUUAUUCUUGCUUGGCAUGCUACAUCAACCAUUUUUAUUCCAAUGCGAUCUUUUGAAAUGUUCAUAUAGCUUAAUUGUUCCUGAAAGUCCUGACAAGGGACUGGGUAUAGAGCUUUGAAUAAAAACAUUAUUAAAAUUAUUAUAUUAAUAUUUAUGCUCUAAAUUUGUUUGGAGAUUGUCACACAAACAAUUAAACAAUCUUUCUGUUUGGUUUAUUUUGUAUUUUUUAACUAAUCACUGUAACUGUUUCCUGCCUUCAUUUUUAUUAAGUAGAGUGUUUAAUUUCAGAUAUCUUUUUAAUUUUUCAGUUACAAUUUUUUCUAGUUUACUAUCUCGACAAAUUUUUUUUUUUUUAAUAGUAACUUUUAUCUCAUUUAGAAAUUAGGUUUUCUGAGCAUCAGGUACUAUUGUGAAUAUAUCUGGUAAGAUGUAUUACAAUAUGUCUUGAAUUCCUGUCAACGAAUGUAAUGAAAUUUCUCUCAAUUUUUAUUCUUUUCAUAUUAAAAAAAAAAGUUUAAGAUCAAAAUUUGAAAUAUUUUUCUUAAAAAUCAAGUUAAUCUGCUGUUUAACAUCAGAAGAUAAUGAAAGGGCAUGAUUAUAUUUUUACAUCACACUCACUGUUGAUCUGAAAUAUUUUCAUUUAAAAAUCAUAAUUUAAUUUAGAAAAUAAAAGUUAUAUAUGUAAAUGAACAUAAUUUUAUGUAAUAUUGAAAUAAAUAUGAUAUGAAGUUUUCUUAAAUUUUAUAUUUUUCAUUUUUGUGUUUGUUUUUUUAAAUUUUAUAUUAUACCAGACUUUAGCUAGACGCUAUUAGCCAAAUCUUUUGUGUUUAGAUUUGGUGUAUAUUGCUAUAAAGAUUGUAUUAUAAUUAUUCUUAAGUAAGUCAAAAAAUGAAAUGCUUAUUUUCAAUAAUAAUUAUAACUAUUUAUUUGAACAUGGUAGAUAUUGAAAAAAUCUUUUCUUUUAUCAGUGGUGGUUGUUACACUUAGUGUUUGAUCUUUAUAAUUUAAAUGAAAUAUUUUUUACCUCUGAGAGGUAUUUAUUUAUAAUUCUUCCAAUAUUUAUAAUGGAAUGCACCAAAUUGUAAGAAAACAUUUGUAUUAUCUUUUUAUAAUAUUGAUAUUUGUAAUAUAUAUAUAAUAUAUUUAUAAUAAUGUUU